AUGCCCGGGUGCUGGCGGCUCUACGCGGUGCAGUGGGCGGUGCUGGCCCUGCAGGGCGCCUGGCCGAGCAGCGCGGGCGGCGCCGCCGCCGUGGAGACCCCGCUGCACUACUAUGGCGACGACGUCAUUGACCUCCUGGAGGCGCUCAACAUCACCCGCUCCAUCGUGGGGGUCACCAAGGCCAAGGGUCCGGAUCCGGGGGUGCCGGCCUGGAAGUUCCGCCAGCGGGUGCCCCACCUCACCCUCCCCUGGGAUUACUCCGUCUACCUGCUGUCCACGGUGCAGGCCGCCCUCGGGUUCCACUUUGUGGCCCGCCAGAGCCGGGGCUCGGAGGGGACCCUCAUCUCCCUGGUGUCGCCAGCCGCCACCAAGCGGGACGGGCGGCCGCUCCUGCAGCUGGUGUCCAGCUCCCAAGCAGAUCAGCUCCGACUGGAGUACCGCGCUGUGCACAACAUGGAGGCGGCCUCCUUGACCUUCCCUGGCAGCAACCCCUUCUCCCGCAGCCGCUGGGCCCGGCUGGCCCUGAACCUGGAGCCCCAGCGCGUCUCCCUCUUCGUGGACUGCCAGGAGCCCGUUGUCUUCGAGAAGGGCGGCGGCGAGGAGGUGCUGAGCCUCAUCCUGCCCCUGGACCUGCAAAUCACCUUCGCCAGUCUGGAUGGGGACAAGGCCAGCAAGUUCCUGGGCUACUGGCAGACAGCCGAGAUCUCGCCCAGUGGUUUCCCACACCGCCCCUGGCACUGCGAGAACCUGCCAGAGCUGGACCUGCCGCCUCUGCCCUACAUCGGCCUUGAGGAGCGCUACAUGGACCUGACCGAGAGGCAGCUGUUCGAGCUGGGCUCUCCGCCACUCCUCGAGCCGCCGGCCCUGACUGACAUCCGCCACUACCAGCGGGAGCCCAGCGAGUCUGACUUCCCGCCCCCGGGGGCAGCGCCGCCCAACAUGGCCAGCCCGGAGGAGAGGAUCCGGAGGCUGGAGGAGCUGGUGGACGGGCUGGGCACCAUGUUGGACAUGGUGAAAGAGCAGAAUUCCGACCUGCUGGGCCGCGUGAAGUCCCUGGAGGACUGUGAGUGCCGGCGGCUGACGUGCUUUUGGGAGGGGCAGCGCUAUGAGGACAGCGCUUCCUGGGACAAAGACCCGUGUACCGCCUGCACGUGCAUUCAGGGCAAACCGGAGUGUUCGUUGCGACGUGACCGGCCGCACUGCCUGGGCUGCGUGGACGGGCGAAAGGAGGGGGAGAGCUGGAAGCCGGAACCGUGCCGGAUUUGCCGAUGUGAGGAUGGCGAAGUGUUUUGCAAGGCGGAAGAGUGCGCCCCGGCUCCGUGCCAGCACCCCGUCCUCCCGCAGGGUAAAUGCUGCCCGGAGUGUGGGGGCUGCCUGUACAAGGGGCGCCUCCUGAAGGACGGACAGGCCUACCUGGAGGAACACGGCACCCGGUGCGUCUGCCAGGCAGGGACCGUGCAAUGCCAAGCUGUCGACUGCCCGGAGCUUUCGUGCCGAGAGCGCUACACGCCGCCUGGGGAGUGCUGUCCUGUCUGCCGUCCAGGUUGUGAAUACGACGGACAGCGCUACCAAGAGGGGGACGUCUUUGUGGCCGCCUCGAACCCCUGUAUGAAUUGCUCCUGUGUGAGAAGCCUGGUCCGAUGCCACCCCGUCCAGUGCCCGCCAAACCGAUGCUCCAAGCCCGCCCCUUUACCUGGCCAGUGCUGCCUCGUCUGCCCAGGAUCAGUGUGUGAGCUGGACGGACGUCCGCUGGAGCCGGGGCAGGUGGUCACCUCAGAGGACGGAUGUCGCCGCUGCUCCUGUUCUGCGGGGGAGCUGGCGUGCGUCCCAGCCCAGCGGUGCUCCGCGUCUUGCACGCACGGACUGCCCCCGGCGGUCGGCUCCUGCUGCCCGGAUUGCACCCGCUGCCUUUUCCACGGGCAGCUGGUUCCCAGCGGCAGAGAAAUCCCAGGCGACAUCCCUUGCGAACGGUGUGCCUGUAAGGAUGGAAACAUUAUCUGCUCCCCCAUCAUUUGCCCAAAGCUGGACUGUACCACAAUGGAAGAAGUCCCCGGACAAUGUUGCCCCCACUGCCAGGGUUGUGUGGACGGAAGUGCCCGCCGUGAGCACAAUGAGGAGUGGACGCCUGCCACGGACCCGUGCCUGAGGUGCAAGUGCCUGGAAGGCAAUGCGGUUUGCAAAAAGAGGCACUGUGCCAGCCUGUGCCGGCACCCAGCCCGCCCACGCCCGGGCACUUGCUGCCCUGUCUGUGAUGGUUGCCACUGGGAAGGGCGGGAGUACCACAGCGGAGAGACGGUGCCCAGCAGGGACCCCUGCAAGCGUUGCGCCUGUGCGUCCGGGGAGGUGUCGUGCGAACGAGCGGUUGCCCAGUGCCCACCGGCACCCUGUAGCCAUCCUGGCAAACGCCUGGGCCAGUGCUGCCCGUCCUGUGAUGUGUGUGAAUUCGAAGCGCGCCUCUACCAGAACGGGGAGACCUUCGCCCCUGCCAGGGGCAGCCCCUGCCUGCAUUGCACAUGCUUGGAUGGCCACGUCCGGUGCCAGGAGGAGCUCUGCCCACCCAUGCGAUGCUCUCAACCAGUCCGGGACCCAGAGCGCUGCUGCCCAGUCUGCAAAGUGUGCGUCCUGGACAGUGUGGAGUUUGAAGAUGGUACCGAGUGGGAGCCGGAGGGGGACCCCUGCAGCGUCUGCAUCUGCCUCCAGGGGGAGCCAGUGUGUAGUGCCCCCCGGUGCCCCCCAGUUCCAUGCCAGCAUCCGGCCCAGCUGCAAGGUUCCUGCUGCCCAGAAUGCCGGCAAUGCUCCUACCAACAGCGGCUGUACAGCAAUGGACAAGAGUUUGCUGACCCAGAUCGUCCUUGCCAGAGCUGUCGGUGUACGGAUGGCACCGUGCGCUGCUCUCCCACCGUUUGCCCGCCGGUCACUUGCCCCCAUCCAGAGAAGAAGCCCGGAUCCUGUUGUCCGAAGUGCCCUGACUGUACUCAUGAAAACCGUGUGGUGCUGGAUGGCGAGGAGCUCCCCAACCUGCUGAACCCCUGCCAGGCCUGUGUGUGCACCGGAGGGAAGCUCUCCUGCACAGAGCGGCAGUGCCCGGGGGCCCUGUGUGCCCACCCCUUACCGGGCUCCUGCUGCCAGAACAACUGCAACGGCUGCAACUACGCUGGGAAGGAGUACCCCAACGGCGCGGAGUUCCCCCACCCCACGGACACGUGCCGCCAGUGCCACUGCAUCAACGGCAACGUGCAGUGCCUCACCCGCCGCUGCCUGCCCUUGCCCUGCCCUGAGCCGUUCGUGGCGCCCGGCGAGUGCUGCCCCCGCUGUCCAGCCCCCCCAGCUGGCUGCCUGUACCUGGGCGUCUCCUAUCAGCACAUGGGGCGGUUCUACGACCCGUCGGACAAGUGCCGCGAUUGCAUCUGCAGCAACGGGACCAUCACCUGCCAACGCCAGCCCUGCGCGCCGGUCCAGUGUUCCCACCCGCUGCAGCAGGACUGCUGCCGCUCCUGCGACGGCUGCCUUUACCAUGGGAAGGAGCUCCCGAACGGAGAGCAGUUUGCAGACCCCACGGAUCCCUGCCGCGUCUGUUCCUGCUGGGAAGGGAGUGUCGCCUGCAAGGCCAAGACCUGCCCCUCAACAGAGUGCCCCUUCCCCGUCUCGGGACCUUGCUGCAAGGUCUGUGAAGGAUGUGAAUACCUCUCUGAGCACUACCUCAAUGGCCAGGAGUUCUCGGACCCACAGGAUGCCUGCGGCCUCUGCUCCUGCCUGGAUGGAUUUGUCACCUGCACCAAGAAGCCCUGCUACCAGGCAUCCUGCAGCCACCCUGUCCGGCUGCCCGGGCAGUGCUGCCCUGUGUGCCAAGGCUGCUCCUAUCAUGGCGUCACCAUCAACAAUGGACAGACCUUCGCCGACCCCGAAGACUCCCUGUGCUCCCAGUGCACGUGCCGGGCUGGUUCGGUCCAGUGCCUGAGGAAGCUCUGUGCCCCGGCCCCAUCCUGUGCCCAUCCUGUGCCCGGUCCGUGUGGCUGCCCCGUGUGCCAAGGCUGCAGUUUUCAGGGGCACGAAUACGGGGACGGGGAGGCCUUUGCUGCCCACAACAAGCCCUGUGAGGAAUGCCAGUGCCUGAGAGGCGAGGUCUCCUGCGGGCCCCGCCUGUGUCCCACCCCACUCUGCCCCCACCCGUCGCGCGACCCGUGUGGCUGCCCCACCUGCGAUGCCUGCAGCUUCCACGGGCGAGAUUGCCUGGACGGCGAGCCCUUCGCUGACCCCCGGGACGCCUGCCGCCAGUGCAAGUGUCUGAGUGGCACCGUGACGUGCUCGCCCGCGCCGUGCCCACCCACCUCCUGCCAGAACCCUGUCACUCCGCCUGGCCAGUGCUGUCCCAAAUGCACGGGGGCCUGCCUCUACCACGGGAGGCUGUACCAGAGCGGGGAGGCCUUCGGUGCGCCCCAAGAUGCUUGCCGCACCUGCACUUGCCUGGCCGAAGUUGUGACCUGCCAGCCGAAGCCUUGCCCCCAGCAGUGCGCUCACCCCUUGCCUCCCACCGCCCCGGCUUGCUGCCCCACCUGCGAGGGCUGCCUCUACGAGGGCCAGAGGCACGGCGACCGCCAGGCCUUCACCCCGCCCUCCGACCCCUGCCAGCGCUGCAGCUGCCUGCGUGGCAACGUCCUCUGCAGCCCCGUGGUUUGUCCCCAGGUGUCGUGUGCCUCCCCCAGUCGCAGGCCUGGCCAGUGCUGCCCACAAUGCCCAGUUUGCCAGCAUGCAGGCCGCGAGCACCCCGAAGGCUCCCAAUGGCUGUCACCCUUGGACCCUUGUCAACAGUGCUCCUGUGUGAGCGGAGAGACCUUCUGUGAGUCGGUUCCCUGCGAAGAGACGCUCUGCUCCCACCCGGCUCCGGGACCCGGCCAGUGCUGCCCGCUCUGCCAUGACUGCCUCUUCGAAGGCGAGCGCUACGCCCACGGGGAGGCCUUCAAGCCCGAGUCUUGCCUCCAGUGCACCUGCCAGGACGGGAACGUCCGCUGCGAGGUGAUCCAGUGCCCGCUGGCGACGUGCGCUCACCCGGUGACAGAGCCGGGGGUCUGCUGCCCCCGCUGUAAAGGCUGCGUGUACGAGGGCCGGGAGCGUGCCGACGGCAGCAGCUGGCUUUCCUCCUCCGUGCCCUGCAUGGCCUGCAUGUGCGUGGACGGCGUGGCCACCUGUGCCAAGAUCGUCUGCAUCAGCUCCUGCGUCAACCAGAUUGACGUUCCUGGGGAAUGCUGCCCACUGUGUGCAGACUGCAGCUACGAGGGCCGUGUGUACGGACCGGGUGAGAGUUUCCAGCCAGGACAGGACCCCUGUGAAAUCUGCACCUGUGAGGUGAUGUCGGAUGGAGAGCAGCACCUGCAGUGCUACCGCAGGCAGUGCCCCAGCCUCGUGGGCUGCCCCCGGGAACAGAUCCAACCUCCGGGCCCUGGGCACUGCUGCCCGGCCUGCGCGCAAGCCCUGAGUAACUGCACCUCCGGCCUGCUGGGCAACGAGGUUCACGCCACGGAUGAGCCCUGCUACACCUGCCAGUGCAAGGAUCUGACCUGGGUUUGUGUGCACCAAGGAUGCCCGCCGUUGAGUUGCCCCCCUGUGGAGCGCUUCACCCCUCACGGUGCCUGCUGCCCCAUCUGCGAUGAGUGUGUGAUUGAAGUUGAGGGGCGACGUGUGUCCGAUGGGGAGGCUUGGAUGGACAGUGCCGACAGCUGCGUCUCCUGCUCAUGCAACCUGGGUCACGUCGAGUGCCAGAUCCAGGAAUGCGUGCCCGUGAUGUGCCAAGAUGGCCUGGUGAAGGUGCAGGUGCCCGGACAGUGCUGCGCGGAGUGCCAAGAUCCUGGCACCAGCUGUUCCCACCAGGGUCAGAGCUUCCAGUCCAACGAGGACUGGCAGGUGGACGAAUGCACGACCUGCACCUGCGUGGCCGGACAGGUGCACUGCCGGAGCGAGCGAUGUCCCACCACCACCUGCGCUGCUGACGAGACGCCCACCUUGAUCCCGGGCCUGUGUUGUCCACACUGCGUCCCACGUCCCGCUACCUGCGUGGCCUUUGGGGACCCGCACUACCGCACUUUCGACGGCAAAAUGGUCCACUUCCAAGGCAGCUGCACGUACAUCCUAGCCCAGGACUGUGAGGGGGGAGAUUUCAGCAUUCACGUGACCAACGAGGACCGUGGGCGCCGGGGCGUGUCCUGGACCAAGGAAGUGGCCGUGCUGAUCGGGGACACCACCGUCCAGCUGCUGCAGGAUCGCGUCGUCAUGGUGGACUCGCAGACUGUGACCCUGCCCUUCCUGAAGGAGCCGUUCCUGUACGUGGAGCUCAAGGCCAGCACCCUCCUGCUGAACACCAACGUUGGCGUCAAGGUGCUCUGGAACGGCCGCUCCCACCUGGAGGUCAGCGUGCCCGGCACGUACAAAGGCCACACCUGCGGGCUCUGCGGCAACUUCAAUAACUACCCCCAGGACGACCUGCGGCUGCGCUCCGGGCACCUGACCUUGUCGGAGGCUGCUUUUGGCAACAGCUGGAAGGUGGUCGCUGCCAACGCCACAGGACAAGGCAGCGGCUGUGCCGACGGGACGGACGUGGACCCCUGCAAGGAGUCGGGCUACCGCUCCCGCAAGGAGGCCAACGCCCGCUGCAAAGCGCUCAAGUCCGCGCCCUUCGAGCGCUGCCACGCCGCCGUCCCCCCAGAGCCCUUCUUCGCCUCCUGCGUGUACGACCUCUGCGCCUGUGGAGCAGCCGCCAGCGACGACUGCCUCUGUGAAGCCUUGGAGGCCUACGCCGCCCAGUGCCGCCACGCCGGGCUGGUGCUGCAGUGGCGUUCGCCCAGCCUCUGCGCUGUGGGCUGCCCCCAAGACCGGGGCUACGUGUUCGACGAAUGCGGACCCCCGUGCCCCAAGACCUGCUUCAACCACGCCGUGCCGCUGGGCGUCCUGGAGUCCCACUGCUUCAAGCCCUGCGUGCCAGGCUGCCAGUGCCCCGCAGGGCUGGUGGAACACGAGGCCCACUGCAUCCUGCCCGAGGCUUGCCCUCACGUCGUCUACGGCAGCCUCUGAGCUGUGGCGGAACUGGGUGGUCUCUGGGGAACCAUCAGCCCACGUUGCCCU